AAACAACGAGAAAGAGACAAGACGGUGACCCUCUCAACGACGAUUACCACCAAAAAGCUAUCCACCUUUCCUUCCCUCCCUCUUCCAUCUCUUUUCUUUCCCAUUCCUCCCCCUUCUCUCUCUCUGACACAAAACACUCUCUCCUCUCUCCUUUUCAUCUCUCUCCUGCUCAUCUCCCUCGCUCCGUCUCUCUCUCGUGCAACUUUCGAACAUGCUUCACAGUCUAGUCCCUCACCUCCCCAUCGCCACCACCUCCGACCCCAACUCCACCGCCAUGAAAUCCAAGCGCCCGCACGACCUCCCUUCCACCGCCGACGACGACGCCUCCGCUCACAAACGCCUCAACUACUCCGCCGAAGCCUCCCUCUCCGGCGAAAAACACGACGAAGACGGAGCUGAAUACUCCGGCCUCCGUCUCCUCGGUCUACUCCUCCAAUGCGCCGAAUGCGUCGCCGUCGACAACCUCGAAGACGCCAGCGACUUACUCCCGGAAAUCUCCGAACUCUCGUCUCCCUACGGCUCCUCCCCCGAAAGAGUCGCCGCUUAUUUCGCCGAAGCCCUCCAAGCUCGAAUCAUCAGCUCAUGUCUCGGAACCUACUCUCCCCUCAACAUCAAAAACCUAACCCUAACUCAAUGCCAGAAAAUCUGCAACUCUCUCCAAUCCUACAACUCCAUAAGUCCCCUAAUCAAAUUCUCUCAUUUCACCGCAAACCAAGCCAUCUUCCAGGCCUUAGAAGGAGAAGACCACGUACACAUCAUCGAUCUCGAUAUAAUGCAAGGCCUCCAGUGGCCAGGACUGUUCCACAUCCUGGCCUCACGGACUCGUAAAAUCAGGUCGAUUAAAAUCACCGGGGUAGGCUCCUCAAUCGAGCUCCUGGAAGCCACGGGUCGUCGUUUAGCUGAUUUCGCUAGCUCCCUCAGCCUGCCUUUCGAGUUUUUACCGCUGGAAGGAAAAAUCGGGAACAUAACGGACUUGGCUCAGCUCGGUGUCAGAUUAGCCGGAGAGGCAAUUGUAGUCCACUGGAUGCAUCACUGCCUUUACGACGUAACGGGGAGUGACUUAGGCACGCUGAGAUUAUUAUCUCUUGUGCGUCCGAAAUUGAUCACGAUCAUCGAGCAGGACUUGAGUCACGCGGGGAGUUUCUUAGGAAGAUUUGUGGAGGCUUUGCAUUAUUACUCGGCAUUAUUCGACGCGGUAGGCGAUGGGCUCGGGGAGGAUAAUCUCGAAAGGCACACGGUGGAGCAGCAAUUAUUCGGAUGCGAAAUCAGGAAUAUUGUGGCCGUAGGAGGGCCUAAGAGGACUGGUGAAGUGAAAGUGGAGAAGUGGGGGGAGGAAUUGAGACGGAUCGGGUUCGGAACGGUAUCGCUGGCGGGGAAUCCGGCAGCGCAGGCGAGUUUAUUGCUGGGAAUGUUUCCGUGGAAAGGGUAUACGUUGGUGGAAGAGAAUGGAUCGUUGAAAUUGGGGUGGAAGGACUUGUCAUUGUUGACUGCUUCAGCUUGGCAACCACCGGCCGGCUGAGUGAUUAUUUUGGUUUUCUUGUUGCCCCUUGUAAUUCUUUUCUUUCAAACAAAGAUUCAAAAUAUGAUCGAGGUGAUUAGAUGAACAUUAUCUUUGAUAAUAAUAAUUGUUCUGUAAGUUUUUUAAUCCUCGAAAUUGGAUUGUAUAAUGUUGGUCCA